CACCUGCAGAAUUCUCUCGUUCAUCGAAUGCUUCCGCAGACUCCAUUGGAUGUUUUCUUUCAGUCCUACCCCGAUUUCGACUACGAUCCUUCUCUUCCUCUUUCGUAUGCCAACUUGCGAAGACACAAAGAAUGGCAUCGUGAUAGUGUCGCAUCAAACGAGGCGUGGAAUCAGUACCAAGAGGCACUGAAAAGCGAGUUGUACAUGUGGUACGGUGCCGAGAGCGACUUGACAGCCUGGCAUGCUCUUCGCUAA